UCACGCCAAAGAACACGACGUGACCCCGCCCUUGUUUAUGACGCAACGGCGCACUCUGCCCUUACGUAGUACAUUUGGCACGGGAUUGUCUGCUCCCGCAUACUGAGAGGUCGCCAUGUCUAAGGAGCAACAGACCCCCCGUGAGCCCGAGCAGCUCCGCAAGCUGUUUAUCGGGGGUCUCAGUUUCGAGACAACAGAUGAGAGUCUCCGGGCACAUUUCGAGCAAUGGGGAACCCUCACAGACUGUGUGGUCAUGAGGGACCCAAACACCAAAAGGUCGAGGGGUUUUGGGUUUGUGACGUAUAGUUCAGUGGAUGAAGUCGACGCAGCAAUGGACGCUCGCCCGCACAAAGUGGACGGACGAGCCGUUGAACCCAAGAGAGCCGUAUCUAGAGAAGACUCGAGCAGACCAGGUGCUCACUCCACUGUUAAAAAGAUUUUUGUGGGUGGAAUUAAAGAAGACACAGAUGAGGAACACUUGCGCGAGUACUUUAUUCAGUUUGGUAAAAUUGAGGAGGUGAACAUCAUGACAGAGAAAAACAGCGAUAAGAGGAGAGGCUUUGCCUUCGUUACGUUUGAUGACCAUGACUCUGUUGACAGGAUUGUCAUUCAGAAGUACCACACAGUGAAUGGACACAACUGUGAAGUCAGGAAAGCUCUCUCCAGGGAGGAAAUGAACAGGGUUUCCAUGAAUCCACGAGGUGGCCGAGGAGGAGGAGGCGGCGGCGGAGGUGGUGGUGGAAACUUUGGUGGAAGAGGAGGAGGUGGAUAUGGAGGUGGAGGAUACGGUGGAGGAAGAGGAGGUUAUGGAGGCGGUGAUGGAUAUAAUGGCUAUGGAGGAAAUGGUGGCUACGGUGGAGGUGGACCAGGUUAUGGUGGUAAUCGCGGUUAUGGCGGUGGUGGAGGAGGUGGUGGCUACGGCAACCAGGGAGGUGGAUACGGUGGUGGUGGCGGCUAUGACAACUACAAUAAUGGUGGUGGAGGCAACUUUGGAGGAGGCAACUUUGGAGGGGGUGGAGACUACAAUGACUUCGGCAACUACAACAACCAGUCUUCGUCUAACUAUGGGCCGAUGAAGGGAGGAAACUAUGGCGGCGGUGGUGGUGGAGGUGGAAGGAGUGGUGGUGGCCCAUAUGGAGGUGGUUACGGAGGAGGCUCCGGCGGGGGUUAUGGAGGAGGCUCCGGCGGUCGACGAUUUUAAAUUUUUGGGCCACAGUACUUAGAGAAGAGCCAGAGAGACAUGACAGGGAAACGAGAGAAGCAAGCAGGUUUACAUCUAGAUCUGCCCAGCCAAGCAGCGUGGUGGCAGUUUUAACGUCUGCCACGCCAAGAGAACUUGUUCAGUAGGGGAGGGGGGAUCAUGUGGGGUGGGGCGGGGCAAAAGUACUUCAGUCCUGGAAGACAUUUUCUAGUUUGUAGUUUUCCCCCAUUUUUUUGUCUGUGAAGUGCAAAGCAUUCCAAUGAGGUUUUAUGCAGGGUUUAUUUUCUGUGUUGGCUUUUUCUUAAACCUUUAGGUUUUUUCUUUUCUGCUUUUUUUAUGUAAACAGUCAUCAAUCAAGAUUAAAUAAACCGCUCCAGUCUUUUUUAUUUAAAUGUAUUCGUCAGUGUUUUGAUUUGGUAGAUUCAAAUUGACUCGACCAGUAGCAUGAAUAAUUUCGAUUUCCCAUACUGUUACCCCAUACUUGCACUGUUCAAAUCUUUGUUGUCUCAGGGUGUUUUCAGACAUGUAGACCGUUUUUUUUUUUCUUUUUGGUUCAGUUUGCUUUCACAUUGACAGUUUAAGAGAGGACCAAAAUUUAUAAGAAAUAAAACUCGUGUGACAUUAAAGUGUCCUCUCAUUGGAUAGAAAGCACUUGUGUAUGUUUACCUUGAUUCCUCUCGUAGCUCUCAACAGCUGUGGGUUUCGUUUAGAUCACAGCACUGUUCCACCGAGCGAUUUAAGCUCAUCUCUUUGAGACGUGCAGUAAACGCCAAGUAAAUUUUUUUGUUUUGUUUUGGUCAGUUGGUCUGAAAUGCGUUUCUCAUUAUAUUCAGCCUGGUUUGUCAGUCCUUUGGGUCCGAUUGCUUUCUCUCCACAAGCGAACCGCUCCAGGGUUAAUUUUCAGCCGAGACCACCUCAUUCUGGCGGUCUUAGACAGAGCCUGCUUUGAAUCCAAGCACAAUUACUGUGUCCACAGAUGUGUAAACGAACCGAACCAAGGGAGAAAACUGAAAACCUGGGGACCAGGUUCUGAAACAAACACUCAGGUGUGAAAACACCCUUAUAUUUGUGUCUGGAUUUAAACCUUAUUAAAGUAACUUAUGCCCAGUUUCACAGACAAGCCUUGAGCUUAGUCCCAGAAUAAAAGGAAUGUUUGAGCAUUCUUGACUGAAAAUAACUUGACCUGACAGCUCUUAAAAUAUGUCUGUCAUUGUUUUGUCUCAAGAUAUACACAGGUAAAGGCAUUUUAUAAAAGUAACUUAAUUAAUGAAUCCUAAUUUAACGAAGGCUUAAGCUAAAGCCUGGUACACACCAAAAGAUAAUUGGGCUGAAUUUGUUUACCAGUGUUCGCCAUGUUUGUUUACUGUGAAGUCAUGUUUGGCAGCGAGAGACCUUGUGUUAUCUUCACAAGACUCGCAUUGCUUUUUAAUAGGGAUCAACCGAUAUGGAUGUUUUUUUUGUGCCGAUACAGUGUUUUUUUUGUUUCAUCAGCCUUAGCCGAUGACCGGUACAUGCUGAUGAUUUUCUUGAGCCGAUAUUUGGAGCCGAUACUGCUUUUGCUCACUCAAUUUACAUUUUAAAACACGAUACAAUGAUGCCAAAUGUUACAAGUCUCAAUUUGAAGUUACAUAUGUUGAACAAAAAAAAAAAACUAUGUUUAACAAAUAGUAAAAACAGUUGAGGGAGCUAUGGAACCAUGAUCUGCAUUCUCCACAAUGACGAGGAACUAUCAGCAAAUGAUCAGCUGUUAGGCCGAGCUUUUGAGGUUGUUUAGUCACAUGACCUGCAAUCACUUGGGCUUCCAGCACUCUGUCUGUAAAUAAUGCCAGAAAAAUCGGCGAACACAGCAGCAGCAACAUAUCGGCUGAUGACGAUACACAUAAAGCUCGCAAAAAUUUAUCCGAUAUAUCGGUCUAUCACUAUUUUUGAAGUUAUUCUGAUGGUGCUUGGUGUGCUGUUAUGAACACAUAGUGGCACUCCACUCACUAUAGGAACAAAAGUGUUAAAUCGUAAAAAAAUUUCAUCAGGUCUGUGGUCUCACGUUUUGAAAAUCUGAUAAGAUUUAAAAAAAAAUUGGUGUGGCCUUAGUUUAAAGGAAAAUACCACCAUUUUUCAGUAAUCAAAGUGCUGCAAGCUAAGUGCUCUUCCGCCAGACAGUAUAGUUCUCAGUUUUCUUUAAAAAAUCGCCAGUUUUAUUUUGUGCCCAACUACUCAUGUAACAGUCUUUAAAUAGGGAAAAGUGUUUGGUGGCUUCUAAAUGCCUGUUUGGAUCCUAAGGAAUGAAUGGGGCUAGGCUACAUGCUAACACAUUCACGACGUUCUGUACAAAGAUUAAGUGCACGCAUUGAAUAAGAUGGGUAUGUAUUAAUUCGUCUAAGUUUAGGUAAGAACGUAGUAAAAUAUUGAAAAACGGUGGUGUUUUCCUUUAAGCCUUGUCUGUAAAUGCGGGCAUUAGAGUUUAUUGAUAAGGUAAAGGAAUUAAUGCAACGUUUAGGUCCAAACCUCCCAGUUGGAUUUCACGUGCAAGUUAGUUUGGUUAAAUUGCACAGUUAAUAAUUUCAACAACAGUCCGAGGUAUUUUUACAUUUCUCUGGGGGAGGCAUGUUGUUUUAGAUGAAUAAAAUGUCUCCAUGUUUUUGCGAAUGGAACUCUAUGAGAGGAUUUUUAGCAACUCUGAACCAAAGGCGAUCUCGAAGGCGUUAACGGUCAGACUAUCUGAUGAGGUACCAGCAGAAAUUCUGGCCAUCAGGAGGAGCCAGCUUAAAGUCUAGCCAAAGACAAGACUGUUGAGAAGCGAUCCGUGGAAGAGAGGCUAGCCGUUGGGAUGAGCCAGCUGAUGAGAGGCUAGCUUAUUGGAAACGCCAGCUAAGGGAAAGUAGCAAGAUCUUCGCUUGGAGCCAGAGCAGCAGGGGACAGCAGUCUUAUUGAGAACAGAUGUAAGACUAGCGAGCUACCAAAGUAAGGUCUUAAACGUACCAGACUGGUAGGUAAGAGGCGAAUUUGAGUUUUUUGUAUUUCAUGUCAAUUUUUGUGCUCAUCAAAACCGCUGUAAAGAUUUCGUUGCUUGGUUGUUUCGUGGUUGUGGUGAAAACAUGACUUCUGAUCUUGUCCCAGUGACCAAUCUUUAAAUUCUGUAAGCUAUCUAAUUUUGGAUUAUAAAGUAUGCUACGACGUCUUUGUGUCAGUGGUGCAUGUGACACUUAUGACUUAAGACAUGAUAUGCUUUGGUCUCUCAAAAUGUGGUUUUAAGUCUGUUUUGUUUUUUCCAGGGUUGUAAACCAGUGAACCGAUUCCUGUGACGCAUCAAAAGUUCAAAUACGGCGGCCUGAUGAUCUUAAAGGGUAGAUAAAGACCGUGCCGCAAGAAUCUACUCGAGCAGUCCCUGCAUGAAGUUAACAUCUCAAUCAUGGUUUUCAAUCCAAAUUGAAGUUUGACAAAUAUUGAUUUGAACAAAUUGUUACUGAAUACUAAAGUGGCACAUCCUUUGUGAUCUGUGUAUUCGUGUUCAAUGUCAGACAUAUUACAAACAUGAAGCGUGUCAGGUUUGUUGAAACGAUUUUAUUGGAGUCAUUCAGUUGAAAUACUGUACAACGGUGUGCUUGUAUACAGUCGUGUACUGCACGAAACUGAACAAUAGCUGCUGGGCAGCAUUAGAAACUUUUCUAUUUUAAUGUUUUAUUCAUUAUAAAAGCUUUUUUUAAUGUUUUAAUAAAAGUUUGAAAAACUGUUGAA